AACUUUGUACCGCCCGGUCAAGUUAUCGUUGCGAGCAUGGGUACCUGUUUGGAACGUUAUUUUUGCCCCAAUAAGCCUGUCUGCAGCUCAGGCAGAAGAGCCACUUUCUAUUAUCCUGGAGGUGGGUCCUACUCGGGAUAUUGGUUGUGCAACAAACACCAGGGCUGGGGUGUCAAGAUGACGGCAAAGCGAACUUCCCAGUACUUUUUUGGUAAGAAGCAGCCUGAAGGCCAGCUCGUCUACGAGGGUCACUGGGUGAUGAACAAGCGGCAGGGAGUCGGAUCAAUGCUCCGCAAGCGUGGGACUGACGUCCAGCUGAUAUAUUCUGGAAGAUGGUAUGAUGACAUGAAGUGUGGAGAGGGCAAGCAAUUCUAUCCCGAUGGAUGUGUCUACUUCGGAAAAUGGCUGAGGAACCGACGUCACGGACUGGGCAUUCAAUGGUACAAAGAUGGGAACAUCUAUGCGGGCGAGUGGGAGACUGAUUUCCGACAUGGCCUGGGCGUCAUGUUCUACGCUAAUGGCAACCGUUACGAAGGACACUUUGCACGAGGAUAUAAAAAUGGUGAGGGCGUCUUCUACCAUAUGCACACGGGUCAAAUCCAGAAGGGAAUGUGGGAAAACGAUAAUGUGAAGACAUCGAUGAUGCAGGACGAUCCCAAAAUUCGAUGUAAUCUUGCAGUAACGCCGUAUCCGAUUCCUCGAAACUAUCUCAAAUAUCCCAAUGAAAUAGUGCGAGAACUUUUUCAGAGAUAUAAAGUUUUUAGCGAAAAGCCUCACCGAAGAUUUAAUGACAAAGUUAGUCUUGACUUCAUUCACCAUCACCGACAAUAUGCUUCUUUCGAAGAACGGUUUGCGUCGCCCACAAUUGUGGACCUCCCCAGUGCUCAGUUUGCUUGCACUUGCGAGCAGAUAGCCAGAAAUGAAACCAAUAUUAGUCAGAUUUAGUUUUUUACCACUGUUUUUCUCAAAAAUUGGACGAAUUAUUAAUAAUGAAAUAAAUUAUAUGUGCUGACCAUCUGUA